ACCCAAACAGUGAAGGUGUCGGCUCCCAUCACGUCUACCUGUGGUGGUUGAUUACCUUCACCUGUGUGUCAACAAGUUGGUGCGGGCCAAACUGCCACUAUUAGAUUAUUUCAUUUAAUUGUUUAUAUUGCUUUUCCAAUGUCUAUUCUCAUCCCACUGCAGUUAUUUUUGACUUAAAUCAUGCUGACCAAUACAGGACCAGUGGCCAAACUCUACUUGUCCAUAAUUGAUGAUGUGAUUGAGAGUAUGAGGGAGCUCUUCUUGGAUGAAGGGCUUGAAGACCGUGUCCUGGAAGAUUUAAGACAUCUUUGGGAGUCAAAGAUGAUGCAGUCAAAGGCAAUGGAAGACUUCAGGAAAAACAAUAUCAACUCAUCCAACUUUGUGCUUCAGCUCCCUGCCAACUACAGUCAGUCUGAUCAAGAGGUCACAGCCUCAGUUGUGAUCCCGGCAACUCAGAAUAUCCACAGUUUCCCAAGGCUCAAGAACAACUCGGAGACGCUCGCUACUUUCUCCCUCCCUGCUGGGUUAGCUUACCCUGUGCAGAUACCAGCUGGAGUCACGCUACAAACAGCUUCUGGACAACUUUACAAGGUCAAUGUUCCCGUUGUGGUUACUCAGGCUGCAGCCGGUCAUCAAACUGUGUCCCAGCCCACACAAAAAGUCACUGAGUGGAGAAAAGCUCCUGCCCCUCAGUCAGCUGCAGUCCCACCAAACACCACUCAUUCUCAGGAGGUGGAGCCAUCCUCUGUUCAGCUCAGCUCAGCUACUUCUGUCACACAGCCUCCACAUCCAAAGGCUAGUUUACCCCCCGGUCAGGAGAGCAGCAUCCCCCAUCAGUCACAAGUUCCUGCUGCUCAGACCUCUGAGGGGGCCCACUCUCCAGAGCCAGAGGUCACGCUGGAAGAGGCGGCGCUGAGUUCACAGUCUGAACCUGUGAAUCUCAGCAUGGCCACCUCAACCCACAGUCAGUUAUUAGACUUCCAGAUUCCAGGCACUGAGGAGGCUUUGACACAAACAACACAAUUUAAGACCAGCGACAUUGAUGACAUUCUGAAAAAGGUGAUUGAGGAGGAGAGAGAAAAAGCAGAAAGGCUGGACCUGGACUACAGCUACAGUGAGCUGUCGGACAUCGUUCAGCUGGACGGUCCUGCAGACAACUCUGACACUGAGGAGGAAAACGGAGUUCCCCUGGAAGAGAAUGACUUUCUGGGUAUAAUCAACGCAGAGGCUGUAAAGGCCCUGCAGGAAGGCGAUGGAAGCAGUGACGGCAACAGCCUCUCCUCCAGCAGCGACGGCGAGGCAGCUGAUGAACUCGCUAAUGUGGAGGAAGAGGAUCCUUUGAAUUCAGGUGAUGAUGUGAUUGAGCAGGACAUCCCUGAUCUGUUUGACACUGACAAUGUAAUCGUUUGCCAGUAUGACAAAAUCCACCGCAGUAAGAAUCGCUGGAAGUUUCAUUUGAAAGAUGGAGUGAUGUGUUACGGAGGCAGGGACUACGUGUUCUCUAAAGCUGUUGGGGAAGCUGAGUGGUAAUGAGCUUCAGUUCUGUCGCACACAUCAGGUCAUCACGUAGAAAGAAGGGAAAAUGAUUUAAAGGGGGAAAACAGUCAGUGAAUUUAGACUUCUUGGUGGUGUAAUUUGGCUCAUGAAGCAGGAAGUUAAAACACCACUGUGCACAAUCACUGAUGCUUUUGUGUUUUGGGUUUUUUUUUUCAGUAUGUAAUUAUCAGAGCAUUGCUGCAAGUCAUUUAUGAUGUUACAACCAAUUACUUAGAGUGUUGCCUCUGAAUCCAAUCUACUGAAACAAACAGCAUGAAUUUAUGUUGUAUAAUAUUUUGCUGAAAACAGUUUGAUAUAUUAGUGGAGUAAAAGUUUAUUUGCCCUGAAAUUAGUUUUCUUCUGUCAUGUUGCUUUGAAGUUACCAAUUGUGCUGUUUGAUUUGCAAUCCUUGUAAUGUCUUGCCUUUAAUCAUACUUCAAAUAUGCUGACCUGCACUGUUGUGCUGCACUGAAUAAACCCCUUACCUCUGCACACCCCUGCAA